CUUCAGCUAAAUGCGGGUGACUUGGUUGCCAAGACAUUCCCCGCCUAAAAUAGGAAAGACUUUCGACUUUGCGCAUCAGCCGAGCUUGCACUAAUUUCCGGCGAGCAUGAGGGUCAUGACUUAACCGCAAAUGGUAUUCCUCGUAAGCUGGAGGUAAAGCUAAGAGCCUGCCACGAUGACCAAUACAUUCCUCCACCCCGAAGCUGUUAUCUCUUGUCUCACCAUACGCCAAUGACGAUCGCAUCUCAAGUCUUGGGGGGCAUGAAAGAUGUUGGCUCUAUCGCAACGACCCCGGCAUUUUCGCAAGAGCCCAAUAUUCGAGCCUGAGGCAACCAUGCAGAUACCCCAACCUCGAGAUCUUCUAGCUAGUGCGAGGCUUUUGUGUUGGUCAAGGCUCCCAUUACCGCUCACAGAGCCACCCGUAUUCAAGCAGAUGGCUGAUCACACGCCGGAUGUGGAUCGAGCGGCCGGCUCUCAGGCACGGCCUUUGUUUGGAUUCCACACCCUAGACGAAAACCUGCAGAGACUUCGACAGGAAGCGAUGCCUGAAAUCGUGAUGUUGCAACCCCGACCCGCCGAGAAGAAACCUGGCCUUCAGCGUUAUGACCCGCCCAAAUCAUGUGUUGACAUGUACGAGAUCCUCCAGAAUCAAGUACGCGUACAAACCCUGUCGCUCUCUGCUGUCGCUGAUGCCGUUCUCCAGGCCAAUUUAGUCCAGUUAGCGGGCCUGAAAACCGGACCAAGGGUGCGGGAACCUCAGGUAUUUCAGCUCUCCGAGGGACAUAGUGCAACGAUCACGGAAGGGUACCUGGGUCGUGCUUUUCUCUUAUCACAGUACGAAGCAAAGUUUCAAGUGAGGCGCGGAAGUUAUCUGUCGCAGCAGGAGAUUUGGAAGCCUGAUCAGGAGCUGUAUUUCGGUGGCUCGCUGGUAGCUUGUGCUCCCCACACCAAGUUUUCUCUAGCUAUUUACGAACUGGUUCCCGUGUAGGAAGAGCAAAUCCUUCCAUGACCUGCAUCAUGUUGUGGUCGGUGGAGUCAUGAGCAUCGUCUCCGACCCUGGCGUUACUGGCUGUAGGAACUGCGAGGUGGCGUUCAAUAUCAACCAGGCUGUCAAGUCAGUACUGUACCUGAAGCUAGCCGGUGUAUCUCACCUGAGUUUGCCGCCAUGAAGCU